UGCACUGCACAAUGAUGUUUGAUGACAAACAACAACAUCAAGAUUACAGAACCUGUUGGACAGACUUGCUGUGUCAAAAAGCUCCUGUGCACAUAGCUUGUGAAAACAUAUACAUUGGACCACAAGGAGCGGCGGCAGCCGUUAACCUGAAUGUGUGUGGGCGUGACUUAAGAGACUGGUUUGCUGUGCCUAAUUCUGCCCCACAUGUUACACUCAUGACAACCAAAGGCUAUGAGUCACACGAUCUGGGACCAAUGGUGAAGGCAGCGCAGCAAAUACAGGAAUGGAAAUUCACAACUGACACACAUGUGCAGACAUCCCUUAAUGGACAGUUCAUGAAGAUAUCUGUGCGCACCUAUGAAGAAGUACAACCUGUUCAGGUGCUGCUCAGUGAAAGGCCGCCUACUCAAAUGCCACUUUCAGAAAAACAUAAUGAACUGUUGGGUAACAUACCAUCCGGGUUGUGGUCAAAACAUAAAACAGAUGUAGGAUUAGUAAAAUCUGCACAACCAGUAAAAAUAAAAAUAAAACAGGAUGUUAUCCUACCGUACAGGAAACAAUAUCCUCUGAAACCACAUCAAGUAACAGGGAUAGAAACAACAAUCAAGGGCCUGGUAGCAGCAGGUGUGUUAAAACCAACCAAAAGUCCCUGUAACACUCCUAUCUUUCCUAUAAAGAAACCAAGCUCAGAUGACUACAGACUGGUGCAUGAUUUACGCGCCAUCAAUGCAGUAGUGGGUGCAGAGAUACCUAUAGUACCAGAUCCACACACAUUACUUUCAAAUAUCCCUCAUGACGCCUGCUGGUACACAGUCAUUGAUCUAUGCUCAGCAUUUUUCAGUGUGCCAUUACAUCCCGCAUCACAGUUUCUGUUUGCAUUCACAUUCAAAGGACAACAAUACACAUACACACGCCUCCCACAGGGAUAUGUCGAGAGCCCAUCGAUUUUUAACAAAGUAUUGUCAGAUGAUUUACAACACGUAAAUGUCACUAGCAUUGUUUUGCAGUAUGUUGAUGACUUCUUAGUUUGUAGCACAUCUCAGGCGCAGUGUGAGCAUGACUCAGUCCUGGUCCUGCAGGCUUUAGCAAAGGGGGGACACAAAGUAAGUAAAGACAAAUUACAAUUUUGUCAGCCACAGGUUGAAUAUCUAGGCAGGCAACUGUGUGGCAGCAAGCAUGCUAUUGCACCCUCCCAGAUCGAAGCAGUGACAAAAGCCCCUAAACCACAAACGGUGGGGCAAAUGCUCUCCUUUCUGGGGAUGGCGGGGUUCAGCCGCCCGUGGAUCUGCGACUACGCUAUUAAAACAGCCCCGUUAAGAGGUUUGAUACGAGCCACGGGUCAGACGGACGGCUCGGCUACGCUACAGUGGCACCCUGAGGCAGAGGGAGCUUUUGAAGCCCUCAAAGCAGACAUGCGAACAGCGCCAGCACUAGGUAAUCCUAACUAUGCUAAUGUGUUCCACUUAUAUGUUGCAGAAAAAGCAGGUUAUGCGUGUGCGGUUCUGAUGCAGGACACUCCCAGUGGUAAGCAACCAUUAGCAUAUUAUAGCACCAAGCUGGAUAACAUUGAAACAGGUCUUCCUCCAUGUUAUCAGGGAUUGGCAGCGGCAGCUUUUGCCUUUCAGAAAGCGUCAAGCAUCACAAUGGGACACCCGACUAUUUUGUAUACGUCACAUCAAUUACAUGCACUAAUCACAAGUCCCAGAUUUGUUCUGACACAGGCUCGACGGACAGGCUAUGAGGUAAUCCUUGCUGCCCCAGAGCUUACAGUACAAAGAUGCACCACAAUCAAUCCUGCCACCCGGAUGGUGACUCCUGUAGACGGGACACCACAUGACUGUCUCCAGACAACAGAUGAGUUCAUGAAACCACGUAAAGAUCUAGAUAAUCAACCAAUAACUGCUGAAAUAACUCUGUUUGUGGAUGGUUCCUGUUUAAGAGAUGCAGCAGGAAACCACGCUGGUUACGCCAUAAUACAGUUGCAGUCUGACGGCUCUUUCUAUGAGGUACAAGCCACUAAACUUAACCAGCCUUGUUCAGCGCAGCUCGCAGAAAUCAAGGCUUUGACUGCAGCAUGUCACUUGGCAGCAGGUAAGACCCUAAAUGUAUAUACAGACUCACAAUACGCCUAUGGCGUGUGCCAUGUUUAUGGCGUCACGUGGAAGCAAAGAGGUUUUUUAAGGGCAGAUAGCUCUCCAGUAACUCAUGGGGAAGCUAUUUCAGCUCUGCUAGAGGCCAUACACCUCCCUAAAGCACUUGCUAUUAUCAAAUGCCCGGCCCACCAAAAAACUGACUCCCUGAUAGCCAAAGGCAACAAUUUAGCAGAUGAAGCAGCUAAACGUGCGUGGCUCCCAGGUGACCCUUCUGAGCAAUGGAUGUCUCGGAUGCACGACCCGUCUCCUGCGCAGGGACCGAGCAUGCUGCAGGUGCUGUUGGAACAACCCGCACCACCAAAACCAGGGCCAGGGAAUCAGCAGGUGAGACCAUCCAAGUGUACUGCCAAAACUCCCCGGCAUAUGCAGCUGCCAGUGGCCCAGAAGUCUCUACAGCGCCAGUGGGAGGGGCAGAUGAUGAUUGGAGAAGGAAGGCCGGCGACUGAGGAUAUUGACGAAUCCUCCUCAUCGGACGAGGAGGAGAAGGAGGCCAACUACGUCCUACUGCAGCCAGGGGGAGGAGCAGAGGCAUUGGCAAAAAUGACCAUGGCGGCAUUCUCCAGGUACCUGAAGGGCCGUACCCCUGAAGAGGUUGCCAACCUCCGGAAGGAAAGGGCCAGAAUCAAGGCCCGGAUCAACUGGGCAGCAAAGCGUGACCGCCUCGAAGCGGCUGCAGCACAGAAGAGAGUGUGGGCUAGCACCAGGAAGACGCUGGAGAGAGCAUGGGCUGUUGAAAGAGAGGCAAUGAAACAGGAGUGGGCCAGCGAGCGGGAGAGAUUGCUGGCCAGAUGGAGGCACGAGAUGGAAAUCCGGGUUGACAAACAAACCCUGGUGAGGCGCCUCCUACGUGAGCUGGAAAUCUACAGACGCCACACUCGGGAACUCUCCCCUAAUGCGCCAUGUCGUGUGGCACUAACUCGGGCAUUGGCUGAUAUGAUCGCAGACGAAGACAACCUGCCCACUCACCGCAGCCCAGCACCCUCUCCUCGAAGCCCAUCACCCUCAUAUUCACCCACCACUCCUAUCCGUUUACCAAGCCCUGAUGAGGGACCCGGGGUCCCUAUCCUCUACAUCUGA